AAUGACUAUAACUCCAGAAGGGAAAGCCGUGGGAACAAAUCCAUUUAGGCUCUUUAUCUACUCCCAACCCUCUAUCAAACGAGGUAUGAACGAACGAAAUCGGAGGUAUACAUCGGAAAAAGUUCCCUCGUUAGUUUGAAUCCUGCAUUAGCUCAUUAUGUUCAACGUCAUAUGAUACAGGUAGAAACUAACCGACCAAUACAACUUCAGUAGCAGUCCAUAUCGUCACUAACUUAAAUAACAGGAAUAAAGAUAACUAUGGAAACCACAAUCAAUUUGCCAACGAUAAUGUGUUACCACUCAAUGGUCUUUUUGGAUAAAAAAAAUUUUCUUUGAGCUCAUUAAAUUCGGCGUCUUGUAAGAUAGUAGAUUCUUGAAUAAACUUUCGAACAGAGUGAAACACAUUCGACCAGAGUAAAUAGAAUCUCUCUCUAUCCACACCUUAUCUUGUGAGAAGAAAAAAAUAGUAAGUAUAUACAAAAAUUAAUCAUAAAGAGACAACAUGAAGUGAUCAAUUUUCCAAUGAUUACUAAUCAACAAUCAACCGAUAAAACACUAUUACCUUAGUUUGACUGAAAGUCUAGGGUUAUAUGUGACAAAUGCCGGUGGCAUCCGGAAAUAACAUAAAACUGCGAUAGGCAGCAGCGUUUAGUGUUCUUAGAAAUGAAAGUAAUACAGGGUAGAUAAUCGACCACAGCUAAUCAGAAAAGUGGUAUGAGCGACUAAUUUUUUGAGCUCCGUCGGCUGAAACCGGUACAACUCCGUCGGAAGAAACACUCCUGAAUAACCUUGGAUAGAUAUGGUACGAAUUGUGCGCUCGUCGCUCGAGUACAUUUUAUACGAUCGCUCGUGCACUGCAAUGUAUUUUUAUACAAAAUUUUUUAUUUACAUAAUAACUGAACGGCAAUUACACAGCAAGUAAACAAUUGUUUACACAUUUUUUGUGCAAAAGUAUAGAGAACUUAUUUAAAUUAGGAAUGAUAUGCGAGCCCUCAGACGCCGAGUGCGCUCAAACAACAAGCGCGAUUCGUCUGUUUUGCUCGAGCGUCAGCUCGAUUUGUGCCGUUCCUAACCCUGAAUGAAAAUAAAAGUUCAAAUUACAUUUUUUUUUUGACUUAGGAAGUAUUUCCAUGUGCUAAACGAAGUAUUUUUCAAAACACCGAAACGCGCUCUAAUCUUUUGUCCCUCAUUUUAUUUGUUUUCCAUUUAAAAAUAUAAUUUAAUACUAUUUUAGCUAUCGUAAUAAUUCUCUGGAAUAUUUAUUUGAAUCAGAUUUCAAACAGAAAGAUAAUUUAUUACCAAUUGAAUUUAUUAAAAUUGAAAUUAUUAAAUAUAAAAUAUUAUGUGUCAUCAUUAUUAAUACGUUUAUUUAUUGGUUCUCAUGAUAAAAAGAGUCUAGAAUUAGUUGAAAAGUUUAAUUUAAAAUAUCAUUUAUCAAUUCCAUAUUAUUUAAUGAAUUUUAAUGAUGAUUUACCACCUAUUACGUUACCAUCCCAUUUUAUUAAUGGAAAAAUUGUUGGCAAACAAAAGUAUAAACGACAUCAAUUAAUGAUGUUUAUUUCAGUUAUUGAACGUUUACAAUUAUUACGUAACGGUUUUACAUUUAUUUAUAGUGACACUAAUAUUCUUUUAAGAAGAUAG